UUUCAUUUUUCAGGGGCCUUUUCGAAAAUGAAAGUAGCCAUCUGAUUGGUUGCUAUGGGCAACUGGUCAGCUUUCCCUCUGCACAUGUUUUGAUAAAUCUCCCCCAUAGUGCUUUUUCUGCCACAGAUUUAAAAUGGCAUUUCCUCCGUACAGAAAUGACACAGCCUUUUAUACACAGGACUUUAACAUCUUCCCUUAGCAGUAAAGAUCGAUUGUAGACCAAGGACGGACAUCUAAAAAGUUUAUUUCCUCUGUUGUGGAGAUGUCAAAGUUGGACACCUACCAAACCACGUCUGACCAUCAGGAGGGAAUAAAGACGAACACUCCACAAACUAUUACAGUGUCUCCCCCACUCAACCAGGAUGAACAGAACUAUUGCCAUUCACAUUGUUCCUUUAUUGAAGAGGUGAUAUGCAAAGUUCCUGGAAGUCUCAGAAUACAUCCAUCAUUAUGGAGCAAGGAUGAUGUUAUUCAAUGGCUACGAUGGGCAGAGGAAGAAUACUCACUAGAGAAAACAGAUGACAGCAAGUUUGUAAUGAACGGAAGAGCUCUGUGUAUUCUUACAAAGCUUGACUUUAAAGCCCGUUCUCCUAGUUCAGGUGAUGUUUUGUACGAAUUACUACAGUGCAUUAAGAACCACAGGCAGGGGCUAGUAAGGCAUUCUUUCUUCCGCCAUUGUAUAAGAAAUAUUCACGAUUUUCAACUUCAGACCUGCUUAGAGACAACAUCAGAAAACUCCCAAUUAACUUCACGGACUAUACAUCCGGCUGCUACAGAGAGUGCUGACGAGGAUGUACCUCUCAAUCUUUGUCAAAGGACACAAGGAACACAAACCAAGAAAAGUGCUACAGAAGACAAUGACAUUGUGGAUGGAAAAAUAAAAGGUAAAUGUAAAAAUUGCAGGUUCCUGUGGGAUUAUCUGCACAAGCUUCUUGAUGACAAGCGCUAUGAAUCAUCCAUUAUAUGGGAAGAUAAAGAAUUAAAAAUCUUCAGAGUGGUGAAUCCAAACAUGCUUGCUGCAUUCUGGGGUAAUCACAAGAACCGCCCCAACAUGACCUAUGAGAAGAUGUCAAGAGCCCUGCGACAGUACUACAAAAAAAAACCUUUUGAAAAAAGAAGUUGGAAGAAAGCUAAGUUUCAGGUUUCUGAGGUCACCUAGAAAAAGUCGUGCUUUACAGAACACAUUGGAAGCAAAAGACACGCUUGGCUCCAAUGAGGAUGUCUUUCUUUGAGUUAUUUUACUAAGGGAGUAUUUAUGUCUGGGACUUUAUGAAUAGAAAUACAUUGUGGAUUGUGUAUGAAUCAGACUACACUAAGUUAAUACACUACUUGAUGUUUGUCACUGAUACAAACAAUAUGACAAGAAUCUAUGACAGUGGUCUUCAACCUGCGGACCUCCUGAUGUUGCAAAACUACAAUUCUCCCAUGCUGGGAGUUGUAGUUUUGCAACAUCUGGAGGUCUGCGGGUUGAAGACCACUGAUCUAUGAGAUCAUAUCCAUGCUAUAGUC